AUGUCUCAAAUUAAAUCCAACAAGAAAUUAAAAUGGUCUCUCGACUUUAAUUCUAAGUCACGUUCUCAAACAGCUGAAAUCCCUUCUCCUCCCGGGUACAGUCAAUCGGCUAAUGCAAAUUAUACAGAAUCUUCCAAAGAUUCUGAUUCACAGCUGCUUCUCAUAAAAAAAUUGUGGGAUGUUGCUUUAGCCCCAUUAAAACAAGUCCCUAUGAACAUGUUUAUAAUGUAUAUGGCAGGAAACUCUAUUUCGCUUUUCCCGAUUAUGAUGGUUGGAAUGCUUAUCAUUCGACCAACAAAGGCAUUAUUUUCUACACAAAGUACCUUUCAAAUGGUUGAAGGUACUCAAGCAGUUGGCCAGAAGUUUGUGUACAUGAUUGGAAAUGUUGUAAAUAUACUAUUGGCUCUGUAUAAGUUCCAAAGUAUGGGAUUGUUACCAACACAUUCCAGUGAUUGGCUAGCUUUUGAAGAACCUCUAACAAGAAUGGAACAUAUUGGGGGAGGUUUAUCAAUGUUAUAA